AGAUCUUGACUGACGGAACCCUAAACCCUAAAAGGUUUAACUUAGGAUCAUCCAGUUAUCCGUACAUCUUCGGAUCGAAGCAUUAAUAAUGGCGGAUUCUGAUUCUACACCAUCUCCCGCUACUGUUGCUGCUGCACCUCUUUCGGCGAAAAAGGAGAACUUGAUACCUAUUAGCUCAAAGAUCGCUGAAUUGAGUGAAUCACGAUCGGAGCUGCUCACUAGAAUUCAAGGGUUGAAACAGGACUUACAGAGUUGGAGGUCGAAGUUAGACACUCAAGUCAAGGUCUACCGAGAUGAGCUUUCAGAGCUCAAGAAAUCUCUCAAUGUGGAAGUGGAGCAGCUUAGAUCGGAAUUUCAAGAACUGAGGACCACUCUUCAACAGCAACAUGAGGAUGUGACUGCCAGUUUAAGGAAUUUGGGGUUGCAGGAUUUGUCAGAAGAUGCCAAGGAGGAUACUCGAGAUGCACAAACAGAAGGGAACACUGAAGAAGUUACUGCUCCAACUCCUACCUCAGUGGAGAAUGGCCAGGAAAAUUGACAUUAGAUUAGUAUCUCAAAGGGCAAUUCUCAUCUCAUCCUGAGAAGGCAGACAUUCAGCAGUCUUUGAAUUCAUUGUUUCCAGCAUAUGAUGGGAAGGGCGCCCCAAUUUUCAUAGCCGAGAAUGAAAACUAUGGGUAAGUUGAGAGUGACAUGGAUCGUUAUCAUGAACCCAGGACCUCUGUAUAUUAAUUGUUUGAGGAGGAGAGUUAAAUUUGACCAGUGCUUUUGCCUU